AUGACAAAACGUAAGAAUUCAAAGCAAGGACCCUCGAAUCCAACAUCCCCAACCAACAAGACAACUCCUACGGUGCCGCCAAUCACGUCGAGUACCCAUGAUUCUAAGCAUGAGCCAAGCAAAGAUGCCAGCAAAAAUCACGGCGACACUCAAUACCCACCAAUCCCACCCCCACAUGCACCCAGCAGCUUCUUAGAUCCUAAUUUCAUCAAGUUACAAACCAUAGCCAGUGACCUGCGUCCUUACUUACUAUCCAAUUGGGACGUCAAGAUGAUCAAAAAAAUUACCAAGCCCCAAAUUUAUCGUAUUAUGAUCCAUUUUGAUCCUUCAACUAAAUCCUGUCCGAAUCAAUUGAAAGACCUGUUGAUUGCUACAUACGAAAAGGAGGUCAAGCCGUUGAUAGAACGUUAUUAUCCACUCUCCCAACACGCUGCUGGCGAUGCGAUGGAAACCAAACAAACAACCAAGCCAGAUCUAGAUUUUGAUCCACUCAGCAGCAAAACGACUUGUCAGAUGCUUAGAAAUGCCAUCGAAAGCAUAGAGCCGGACGUUGACAUACCGAAAACAGCUCGCCGUGAAGGUUUGCUUUGUCUAUACAAGGCCUAUGUUGACCACGAUAUUACCAUACCGAAAGAUUCUCAAUGGACUUCCAAACCUCGAGUCCUAGCGGUUGACCAACUUAAGCGAGAGACUGUUGAAGAUCUUUGA